CGCUCGAUCCGACCACUCCAACGCACCAUCAUAUUGCUCUCUCCGCGCGUAUACAUACAUACUUAGCUCCUCUGUUCUGGUUGAGUUAGAUAUCUCUGAGGUGCAACAAUGGCCGCGAGCAAUGACGCCGGCGUGGUGGUCGUCUUCGACUUCGACAAGACCAUCAUCGACUGCGACAGCGACAACUGGGUCGUCGACGCCCUCGGCGCCACCCAGCGGUUUGACGAGCUCCUGCUCCACCUCCCAUGGAACUCGGCCAUCGACGCCAUGAUGGGCGAGUUGCACUCGCAAGGCAAAACGAUCGACGAGAUCGCGGGCAGCAUCAGGACGGCGCCUCUGUCCCAUCACGUCGUGGCGGCCAUCAAGGCCGCACAGGCUCUCGGCUGCGAGCUGCGGAUCCUCAGCGACGCCAACGCGUUUUUCAUCGACACCGUCCUCGCGCACCACGGCCUGGCCGGCUACUUCUCGGAGAUCAGCACCAACCCGGCCAGCGUCGACGCCGGCGGCCGCCUCAGGAUCACCCCGCACCACGACUUCCGUCAUGGCUCCUGCAGCAGCCACGGCUGCGCCCUCGCCACCUGCCCUCCCAACAUGUGCAAGGGCAAGGUGAUGGAGGCGAUGCUGCAAGAACUGUCCGCGGCGGCGGCGGCAGGGACGAGGAGGCCGAGUAGAGUGGUGUACCUCGGCGAUGGUAGGGGCGACUACUGCCCCACCCUAAAGCUGGCCGAGCGGGACUACAUGAUGCCCAGGAAGGGCUACCCCGUGUGGGACCUCAUCGCCGGAGACCGGCGGGCCGUCCGCGCAGACGUGCGCGGGUGGGCCGACUUCAAGGACCUGGAGACGGUGCUGCUUGACAUCAUACACGAAUGCGCCGCGGCCGCCAUGAUGGAACAAGACGGCGGCGAUCAGGUGGUGGUGGGCAUGGUGGUGCCAGAGUGCCGUGCCCUUUCUGCUCCCAAGAUGGCGAUGGCAGUUCUCCCCAAAGCAAUUCAUGCGCCCAACUGACACGCAUCUUUGCCAAACAAUAUGGACGUUUGGUGACUCGAUGGAAGCAUGGGAGAUGUAAUGGCUUUCCCAACGUAAAUAAAGUAGAAAAACUAUACUGCUCCUGGUUCCUUACGUCUACAGCAGCAGCUUAAGUGUGGGACAUGAUUAGCUCGAUCAUACUUCUCUUGGAACUGGAAGCCAAUUGAAGUACUGCAUGUACCGGUGUAGGAGCCAGCUGACAUCCAGAAGCUGUUCUAUCACUAAUUUGGGUCAAGAUUAAUCACUUGCCUCUUUUAGGGAACCUUAAUUAUUUGCCUCAAAAAUAAUAAAAUUAAGAGUAUCGAUUA